AGAUGGUCUAAUAUUGCCAAAUCAUCGCAUAUAAGGACUCCAAACAUACGCACCAAGAUGUCCUCAUUCACUCCAACAAACUGUCGAUCUUAUCCGCUCCAGUCUACCUCACCAACUCCAACAAACAGUCGAUCUGGUCCGCUCCAGUCUCCCAUAAAUUGAAAUCUCACUCCCAAAAUGUCUUCUCCAUACAAGACUGUCGCCAUUGUCGGUGCAUCUGGAUCCCUCGGCGCUCCCCUCCUCGAACGUCUGCUCAAAUCCGACUUUGUUCGAAUUCGAGUUCUCAAGCGAGCUAGCUCCAAGUCUACAUUCCCAGCCAACGUCGAGGUGGUAGAUGUCGACUUCUCCUCACUGGACUCCAUCACCGAAGCUUUGCGCGGACAAGAUGUUCUCGUCUCCACCAUCACUAUGGAAGCUCUCGGCGACCAGAUCAAAUACAUCGAUGCCGCCAUCGCCGCAGGUGUAAAGCGUUUCCUCCCUUCUGAAUUCGGCUCCAAUCUCGAGGUUCCGUCUGUGCGCCGCCUGCCCGUCUACGCGACCAAGGUCAAAGUACAGGACUAUCUCGCACAAAAGGCCGCCGAGGGUCUAAUCUCAUACACCUCGUUCUACAACAACGUUUUCCUCGACUGGGGUGUCGAGAAGAGCUUCCUCAUCGACCGCGUCAAUUCGAGCAUCACAUUCUACGACGACGGCGAGUCUGAGUGGAGUACCACGACCCUUGCCAGCGUGGCUGACGGUGUCGUCGGCGUUAUCAACCACCCCACCGAGACACAUAAUCGCGCUGUGUAUGUCCACAAUACCGUCCUGACUCAGAAGAAAUUGCUCGAGGUGGCACAAAAGGCGGACCCUGCCCGCAAAUGGACUAUCAACCACAUCACGAUUGACGAAGUCAUAGCUAAGGCGGACGCGAGCGUUGCGAAAGGAGACUUCACUCUUGAAGUCGCCUACGCCUAUCUCGCCCGUGCCGUUUAUGACCCAGCCAGUGAAGCCAAGUUCACAAAGCUGGACAAUAAAUUGCUUGGAGUCAAGGAGUUUUCGGACGAAGAAGUUUUUGAGGUUGUGAAGGCGUCUCUGUUGAAGUGAUAAGAUGGCACUCAUAAUUACGACCUCAUAGUAUUCCAAUUACAAAUUCGUAUCCUUACUUGUGAAGCUACAUGUCAAAAGUAAUAUCUUGGAGGCGACGAGCCGUUUGCUGGGGCAGCUUGGAUAAUACACGAAUAUUCGCAUAUUGCCGUAUAGAAUAGGAUGAAAUGACUUGUGAUCGC